GUGUCACGACUGUUUUAAAACAGCUAUUCACUCAUAAUCCACCCUAACUCGGGAAAUGGAUUUAUUCAAUUUAGGCUGAUUCAACAGGAGACCAUGUUACUAACUUGGGACUUCCAACCUCAUUUAAGAGCGAAUAAAGUUUCAAUAAAGAUAUGAUCUUUAAACUGGAAGAGGAAUUGAACGUGACCUGGCGAGGAUGAGCUGCGUGCCGAGCGAGGACGUCACUCUUGAGCAGCGAGAGGCUGGCCCCCAGGAGGAGAGCGGUGAAGCUCCAGAGCCAGACGGCCCCGCCGAGAGCUAUGAGCCCACUGCUGACGUCAGUGGUGCGGAUGAGUCAGUGGCGCGUCACUGGGCCCUGCUGCCUGACGUGUGCCUGCAGCACGUGCUGCGCUGGCUGGGCGAUCAGGAGCGGGCGCGGGCCUCUCUCGUCUGCCGCCGCUGGCAUCGCGCCGCGCGCUCCCCGGCCCUCUGGCGCCGCCGCCGCUUCUGCCUGACGGGCCGCGCCAGCAAGAGCCGGCGGCAAGAGCAGGAGGUGGCGGUGGGCUACGCGCGCUCGCUGGGCGCCUUCCUGGAGGAGCUGGAGGUGCUGGUGGUGCUGCCGUACCGGCGCAUGGUGACGGUGGCGCGGCGGCUGCAGCUGGCGCUCCGGGCGCUGUUCCUGGAACUGUGCGGCGCGGGCGCUCGCCUGCGCUCCCUCUCCGUCAGGAGCCUGGACCUGCAGCAGGACGUGUGGACCCGGGGCACGCGCGACGCCGUCGUCCACUGCCUGACGCACUUCCUGGGCCACAUGGCGGCUCGCCUGCUCCGGCUGAGGCUGUGGGGCUGCCGCGCCUCCCUGCCGCACGGCCUGCGGAUCCUGGAGGUGGUGUCCCGGGCGCAGCAGCAGCACCUGGCCUGCACGGGCUGCCCGUCCGGCGGGAUGCUCGCGCUGGACCUGGAGGGCUUCUUCUCGGCCGACGCGGCCGUGCACACCCACCAGUCCUUCCCGCGCCUCAUCGGCCGCUUCCACCGGCUCGAGCGCCUGACCCUCAGCUACAGCUGUGUGUCCGACGAGCUGCUGGAGGCGCUGGGGUCAAAGGUGAAAGGUCACGGCGUCAGCCUGAAGCUCCUGAGGCUCAAGUGCCACUACGAGGAGCCACACGCUCAGGUGGUGUGCGGGUCCGCCUGGUACGCUCUAGUGCAGAGCUGCCCCGAGCUCUGUGUGGAGGUGGACAUCGAGGGGGUCACCAACAUAGACAGACUGCGCAGGAUCCUGCUCCCUGGCGUCCCGCUCUCCUCCUUCGCCAUGUCAGAGUGCAACUUCAGCGAGCAGGACAUCAGCCCCAAACCCGUUUUCAGAGACAUGCUACCACGCUACUGGAGCCGGCUACAGGUCUUGUCUGUGGAAAUCGAUAACUGGUUUGAGUCCGUGGACAGGGAGCUACUUGAUCUACUGAUGAUGUGCAGCCAUUUGCACACCCUGGCGGUCAAUGCCUACCUGGACAUCAGCUUUGUGGAGCAGGUGCUUGAGUACUGCCAGGAGACCAGAUGCCCUCUCAGGAGCUUUGAUGUGAAGGUGUGCUACCUCAGUGCAGGAGACAGCCAUGAGGAGAGUGAGGAGGAGAGGCUGGAGGAGCUUAUGUCUUUUUACAGCCCCUUCAUACACCCAGAGCUGCAGCUCUCUGUUGAACUCUUCCCCAUUAAAUGACCUCACACGUGGAUCCAA